AAAAAGAUUUUUAAAUCUGUAACAAAGUCUAUUUACCCCCCCUCUAGACUUUGUAUUUCACCACUUUGGGACCACCAAUUGGUAUCGGAGCCAGGUUCUCACUAUCUACGUUUAGAUUAACGAGAAGCGAUCAUAAUGGUGAACAAUAUGGAUCACGGUUUGCCCAAGUUUUCUCUCUUAGGUUAUGAUGAUUGGAAGAUCAUGAUGGAAGCACAUCUCUACGCUCUACAUGACUGCAUGUGGAUGGUGCUUGAGGAUGGACCCUUGAAAAUCCAAAUGGAGAAUUCUGAGAGGAAUCCAGCAACUCCUGAUGUAAUCCAGUACAUUCCAAAGCCCAAGGAAAAAUGGGAUGAUAGAGAUUGUAAAAAGCACAAUCUGGACAACGUCGCCAAAGCAGCCAUCUUCAAGGCACUUGAUCCCAUCACCUUCUCCAAAAUCAAGCAUCUCAAGACUGCCAUGGAAAUAUGGCAAGGUCUUGGGAAGCUAUGUGAAGGAUCAGAGGACUUGAGAAAGCAGAAGAUAGAAGUCCUACUUGAGAAGUUCAAAGGCUUCAAAAUGCUUCCCGGAGAAUCAUUUGAUAUGUUGGAUGAAAGGUUCCACAAAAUCUUGAAUGAUCUUGCCUCACUUAACCACGUUCUUUCUCCCAAAGAAAAGAAUGUAAGGUUGCUGAGAUCACUCCCAACUGAGUGGUACACCAAAGCCACAGCCAUGGAAGAAGGAAGAAACCUGGAAAACUACACUGUUCAAGGUCUCCUUGAUGAACUCAGAACCUAUGAGCACGAGCUGAAAAAGAAGAAGGAAGAACAAGUCACUCCCUUCCCCACGGCAUUGAUGACAACUUCAAGAAUUCCAUCAAGACUCAAUUAUAACCUUCUUAGCAUAAGUCAGUUUUGUGAUAAAGGUUACUCCUUGGAAUUCUGCAAGAAUAUGGCAUCUCUCAAGAACAUCUCCACAAAUGAAGUCAUUCUCACUGGGAAGAGAAUCAGAAACAUCUAUGAAGUAAUAUGGAGUGAUGUCAAGGAAGCAUGUCUAAUCAGCAAAGCACAAGGUGCUUUGGAAGCAGCAGCUGAAGAUUUCCAAACACUUCCGGAAACCUCACAUGUUUCUAAAAUGGUUCUAACUGAAGUUGUAGAAGAGAAGGCAACCUCACCCCCACAAGAACAGAACCAGGAAACAGCAGAAGAAGAAGAAUUUCAGCCACUAAUCCAAUCUCAAGUUUUGGAGAUUCUCACCACUCCUUGUGAGAUAUCCAAACCUGCUGAAAUUGAGAUCCCGGAAAAGUCAGCAGAAAUUCCGGAACAGUCAGCUCUUCCAGAAACAAUGGAGCAAGCUGUUGAAGCACAAAGGAAUUCUGGAGAAGCUGAAAAGGAAACUCAAAUGGCAGAACUAGAGGUCUCUCAAACUCCAGUAGCCAUUUUUGAAGAAGAGAAUACAGCUGAAGAAAGAGACUCCCUCUCUAGGGAUAUAUCAAAUUUUGCGCUUGAAGCAGAAGGAGAGUCUGAAAGAACACUGAAGGUCACUGAUGAAGAAGAUGUACAAGAAGAUGCUGAAUCUCUUCCUCUGCAACUCUUCCAAAGAACACCACCAUCUCAUCAGGUAACCAAUUUUCAUUUCCAUAGCUCUUCCACCCCUACUCUUCCGGAUGAAAUACCGGAAAUCUGGACAAAGAAGGUCCAAGGGCUGAUUGAAUCAGCCCUAGCAUCUCAACAUGCCUCCUUUAGGCAAGAGAUAGAGCAAAUGGAAGUCAGGCACACCCAGCUGAUAGAGAAAUCUAAAGGAAAACACAGCGCAGAUCUCAAAGAAAUAAGCAAAUCAGUGCAGAAGACUCUGGAGAUUAUCUCUCUAUUGAGUGAAACUGUGAGCAACACGAUGGAAAUAUAUGCCUCUGACAGUCAACUUCAACUCAAAGAGAUCAACAAAGUCAGAGAGCAAAUAGCGAGUGUCACAGUUAGUCUCCAAAAACAGAUGUCCCUUCUCCAAAUGGACAUCAGAUCAGCCCUAGCAGUAGCUUCUGCAAAUAAGGUAGUGACCAAAGACUACUUGAAGGUGAUCAUUGACAAUCAAAAGGAAGCAUACAAGCUGUUCAGACUUAUUGGCGCAAAUUCUGGAAACCGCAAGAUGGAGGUAAUUCUCCAACAACACAGUCCAUCUCCAAUACCACAGCUCCCUAUUGCAGUCAAAGAAGGAGAAGUAUCUUAUAUUCCUUCUCAUCUGAACUUGACAAAUCUAAUCCUUGAAGCACAGCAAAGAAAUCCGGAAAACUCAGCACAGCUUCUAUCCAGCUCAGGACUGGAUGGAACAGAAUUUAUAGGUACCGUUGUUGACCACUUCUCAAAUGAUGCUCAAUCAGAAGAAAGACGUGAAAAUUUAAGGCGCAUCAAAGAACUGUGUGGGAACAUGAAGGGCAUCAGUGAGGUUGUCGGAUCUUCAAAGCGCAAGAGAAACUGAAGGUUCUUUUCAUCAAAACAGGGGGAAAGAUAUUUAUAAUACCUACAAAGGUAAUGUGGAAGAUCCAAUCAAUCUGCAGGAAUUUC